UUUUUUGACAUCGCUUGAGAGAUUAGAUUAUUUUGUACUGGUAAAGGAAAUUUAACGCGGAUUAGUGUAUUGUUGACAACGAAAAUGCGCUUGGAAUGUGACGAAAUAUGAACACGCGAAGAGAAAAUUUGCUCGCUGAAGUCUGGCUACUCGAGCUUUAAUAGGUAUGCAUGUUGCUUUGAGCUGUGCUUCGGUGUUUGCGAUUUAUAUAAAGUUAGGGAGCGCUUCUCAUAUGGUUAUAUUUCGGAGUUUUUUUGAAGAAAUAAGCGGUUUGGAGAAGACAGUGAGCGAAGAGACAGUCAGUCAGAAACCACUGUGUUUGCACUGGUCAAUAUUUAUCAGAAUUAUUUCUGAUUCGAUAAGCAACCAUUGUGUUGGCGCUGGUCAAUAUAAAUCAAUUACUGAUUUGACCAGACAUCUAUAUCCAGUGAUUGGAUACAUCAGUUACAAAAUCAAACCAAACGAGUGUGUGAUCCUCGUUAAACAACUAAACGAGUGUGUGGUCCUCGUUAAACAACUAAACGAGUGUGUGGUCCUCGUUAAACAAACUAACCAAGCCAUUGUGUUUGCUAUUAAACUAACAAGACAAAGCCAUUGUGCUUGUGAGAAGAACUUAAUAUCUGGUGCUGAAAUACCAAAUAACGAAAAUGGGAGAGUCAAUUGAGCAAUAUCGUGUUCGAAUUGGAGUGCACAACAACAUAAGAAUGAAAGCUUCUUUACCUUUGCUUGGAGGUAAAUAUGUUAGUGAUAUCAUAGUGUUCAUACUUUUUUCCUUGCUUUUUACAUUAAUGAUAUUGUUAUUUUGUCAAGUACUUUUUCUGUACAUGAGUUAUUUGGCAGCAAAUGCAAGAUGCAUUGAAACAGGAAGUGAAAUGAUUAUAUCAUUUAAUGAAAUGUCAUGCAACAAUGUGUAUGUCCCACUGUUAUUGAGAUUGGCCAAUGAUGUUGAGGAAAAUCCAGGACCAACAAUAUUUAAUGUGGUUGAUCCCACAAAAACCAUAUGUGCCAGUUUUAGUCAAGGUGAUACAAUGAAAUUUGGAGAAAAUUCUAGUAAACAAUGUG